UACAGUCAUAUAAUAAAAUACAAAUAAUCUCUGAUAACGUGCAUCGUUUAUUUUGUCACUUUGAUCGUUAUAUCUGUUUGUACGGAAUAGGUGAUUCAAAUGUUUGACGAAAUGAAGCGCAAAUUGACUGAAUUAUUCUCUCAAGGAUCGUGGAGCAGUGAAGAUGACAAACAGAAAGCUAUUUCAACGGUUUCCAAUAUGAAAGUAGCAAUAAUGGAUUCAGAAUCCUUGAGUGAGGAAUACAAAGGCCGCGAUAAAAUACUCGAAAAUAAACUUUCUGCAGAUAACUAUUUUAUAAAUGCAUACUACUCGAUGAAAGCUAAAUUUCUAACAUCAUUGAAGGCCACUUCACACAGAAACGAAUUACCUGGUUUCUUCACUUUCCAACCGCACAUAUUUGACAAAAAUCUUACCGUGGUUAUGACAUCCGGAUUAUUACAUCCACCGUUUCUAAAUACAUCACAAAUAAUGCCGGAAAAGUAUGGAAUUCUUGGUUGGCUUCUCGGUCGUCAGAUUAUGUCUGCAGUUUUCAGAAAUGAACACGUACAAAAUCAAUCAGAAUAUCAGUCAAAGUGUUCACCAUAUGCUUCUACACCGUUAAGAACUCAACUAUGUUGUUUAUCAGAACAAAUCAACUCUGAAAGACUUCAGAAAGAAAAUUUGGAACAAUUGUCAGCUGGUAUAAAUGGUCUUAUGCUAUCGUUCGAAACAUACAAGAGAAGUUUAACUGGAAAACGUGAAAGCUUAAAUGAAAAGAAGUUGUUUUUCUCAGCAUUUGCAAAAAUGGUGUGCGGCGGCCUAUCAUCACAAAUUGUUGAUGACGAUCUACGGUCGUCAAUCCAAGUCUACAAAUCUGGUGUGAACGAUGUUGUGAAACACAGUGGAGGAUUUUCAGAAACGUACCAAUGUAAAAGUGGUUCUGCAAUGAAUCCUAUGCGCAAAUGCAUUCUUUAAAAGAAAACGUUAACCGUGUGUGUGUGUGUGUGCAAAAAUAUUGGUUUUUCUGUUUAAUCGAUUCCGUAAUUUAAACUUUUCUAAUAUCUCACUUUAAUUCAUUGAAUAGUAAACUUUUUAAAUCUGUAUGUUGUGUCG